AUGGCCUUGAGGAAGCUGAAAUGUGCACCAAUAGACAGGACAGACUCUGCUGAGAGCUACCGUUUUCUGAAGCAGUGGCUGGAUGAAUGCAAUAAUCUCCAUCAGUGUUCGGCGCCUGAGCCUCCCAGCUUGCCAAAACGCGUUCUGAGGCUUCAUCCCGACCGAGUGCACCUAUACCUCAGCCAGGAGAACGAAAAAGCCCGGUAUGCGACUCUGUCCCACCGCUGGGGGAACUUUGAUGAGAACUUCAUCUUGAAAUUGACGAACCUCGAAUCCCUCACCAAGGACAUCGCUUGGUCUCAAAUACCAAAGACUGCCCGGGAUGCUAUAGAAAUCUGCCGAGUGCUCGGCAUUGAAUACUUGUGGAUUGACUCUCUGUGCAUUAUUCAACGCAACGAACCGGAUUGGAACGACCAGUCACAGAAGAUGUGCGCCAUCUAUGGGCAAUCAUAUCUCAACAUUGCAGCAAUGGACUCGAACAGCUCCAAUGGCGGCUGUUUCCGGUCUACGGGUUCGGAUUUGCGAUACCCUCCUCACAAUGUGCCUGGUCAUCCAAGCCUCCAAGUCCAGCAACAACCUCACUUCACUCAUCUUGAUUUCGGCGCCAACUACGCCACUUCACGCGCCUCGCCUCCACUCCUUCGCCGCGGCUGGGUGCUCCAAGAACGUCUCUUAUCUCCACGUUGCGUCUACUACGGCAGAGACGAACUUCUCUGGGAAUGUAAAGCCUGUGCGGACUGCUUAUGCGGCGGAACCAAUGUCAUUGCCCGCUUCAAAGACGCUCACCAUCGCUCGCUGACCGAAAAUGGGGAUCCUUUGCCCUUUGCCUGGAUGAGAGUCACUGAGCGCUAUUCUUCCCUAGACCUAACUCACGACUCCGACCGAGCAAUCGCAUUAUCUGGGAUCGUCCAGGAAGUGGUGGAGUCAGGCCGAGGAGGCAAAUACCUCGCAGGACUGUGGUCAGACAAAUUGGCAUACCAGCUCGUCUGGUCGCUGUCCAAUACGUUCCGCAGACCCAGGGAGUAUAUUGCACCAAGCUGGUCAUGGUUGUCCGUGUUCGGCAGGGUCGAGUAUGGUCAAAAUCGUAUGGAUUACGGCGCUGAGUGGUCGACCAUCGAUGUCGUAAUCACUGAUGCCGCGGUUUCAGCAUCAAAACCUGACGGUACGGGCAAGAUCAAAUCAGGCUAUCUUAUGCUUAACGGCAAGGCUCUGACCAUGAAGUCUGAUGUGGUUAUGCCAGAAAGAAGCCGGCCACAGAUGAAACUGACGCACUCGGAACUUCACUUGGAGUCUCCAGUCUUCAUGCCUGACUAUGUGAUGACACCACAGCAAGCUGCGGCCGUUGAGAAGGUUUUUGUGCUCUAUUGGGGCAGAAUUGUCCACCAACAAACUUUUAUGGUUCUGCGGGAACUUCUUUCGGACGGUGUUCUGGUGUAUGAACGGCUUGGACUGCUCGCCGCAAACCACCACUGGACUCGACAAUUUCAGCGUGUAGCAGAACCCACGAUGGAUAUACGGGUAAUUUAG